AUGGCUGAUUUUGGAUCCUUUGGAUCUUUUGAAUCCUUUGAAGAUAUGUUUGGUUGGGAUGACAGAAGAAACGCCAAUGGAAAAGCAACAAUUUGUUUAGAAAGGAAUGAUAAAUGUCAACUAGGUGGAAACUUCUCAUGUUGUAAAGGAUUAAGUUGUCAACAAAGUGGUAUCGGUAGUCAAAGACGAUGUGAAAUAUCCUCAUCACAGGUGUGUGUUAGUCCUGGACAAACGUGUUCAAAGCUUCCUACUUCUCGAAAAUGUUGUCAAUUCAAGAGAUGUGAGACUGUCAUGGGAAGAAAUAUCUGUGUAUAG